AAGGGGUGUAUUUGUAAUUUACCCUAAUAUUAAUAAUGACAACAAUAGCAAUCUAUUGCCACCCAAAUUUCUUCAUUUGAAUAUAGGUUUAGGUAUUUUAACAUUGAGCAUGAUUCUUUUCAAAAAGGAAGUGGAUAUGUUCUCAUUUAUUUGGACAAUUGACAAAAUAUAGUUAGCACAGUACGGGGACCCCUGACCUCAAAAGGUUAACUUUUUAUUAAAAAAAAUUACAGCACUCUGCCUUCUGUUUGAAAACUUUUAACAACAGAAAUUUCCAACCCCACCACCUCCCACCAUUAUAAAGCUCUACUCAUUCUUUUCUGACACUGGCAACUCUUAUCUCUCCCUCUCUCUCAAAAUGACACUCUACUCUGUCCAUGUGUAAGCAAGAGAAUAUCCCUACCAUUAACUCUCUGGCUCUAAUAACACAAGCAGACAAGAAAAAGAAGAAUCAGCAAAAAAGAAAGAAAAAGAAAAAAAAAAACAGAUGGCUGCAGAGCAAACCCAAAAGUACCCGACAAUGCCAGAGGUUGUGGAUGAGUUGAAGAGAAUGACUGACAUAGGCUUCCCUAUAUUGGCCAUGGGCCUGGUGGGCUAUCUCAAAAACAUGAUUUUAGUUGUGUGCAUGGGAAGGCUAGGGAGCCUUGAGCUAGCUGGUGGUGCACUAGCCAUUGGAUUCACCAAUAUCACUGGAUACUCAGUUCUAUCAGGUCUAGCCAUGGGGAUGGAGCCCCUUUGCAGCCAGGCUUUUGGUUCUAGAAACUUAACUUUAGUGUCACUCACUCUUCAAAGAACAAUUGUAAUGUUACUAUUAGCCUCAAUACCAAUUGGAUUGUUAUGGUUUAACCUAGAGCCUUUCAUGCUUAGGCUCCAUCAAAACCCAGAUAUAACACAUAUUGCAAGCCUGUACUGUCGCUAUGCUAUACCGGAUCUCAUUGCUAAUAGCCUUCUUCACCCACUACGUAUCUACUUACGUAGUAAAGGGACAACAUGGCCACUGAUGUGGUGCACUUCAUUCGCAAUACUUCUCCACCUUCCCAUCACGAUUUUCUUUACCUUCACUCUUGGUCUUGGGAUCCCCGGGAUUGCAAUUUCAACCUUUGUCACCAACAUGAAUACAUUGUUCUUCCUUCUAGGCUACAAAAUUUACACUCGCACGCCAAAGGAGCCUAUGUGUCAACCAUUAGUAACAAAAAUGAUACCACUUUCUUCAUCUUCGCCAGGGGAGGAGUGGGGAAUGCUUCUUCGACUUGCUAUACCAAGUUGUCUAGCUGUUUGUUUGGAGUGGUGGUGGUACGAGUUCAUGACACUUUUAGCUGGUUAUCUUAACAAACCUCACGUUGCCCUCGCAACAUCAGCAAUAGUAAUCCAAACCACCUCUCUCAUGUAUACAUUGCCUUCAGCACUUAGUGCAUCAGUGUCAACCAGAGUAGGCAAUGAGCUUGGAGCAGGCAGGCCAAGUCAGGCCAGUUUGGCAACAGUGGUAGCCAUAGGAUUGGCCCUUUUAACCUCUAGUUUUGGCUUGUUAUUGACCACCUUGGGCAGACAAGCAUGGGGGAGAGUUUUCACAAUGGAUAAUGAGGUUCUAGAGUUAACAAUGGCAGUGCUACCCAUAAUUGGGCUAUGCGAGCUUGCGAACUGUCCACAAACCACAUGUUGUGGUGUUUUACGUGGAAGUGCUAGGCCCAGCGUUGGUGUAGGUAUAAACUUCUACUCCUUCUACAUGGUGGGUACACCAGUGGCUAUCGUUUUGGCAUUUUUUGGGAGACUUGAGUUUCCCGGCCUUUGUUAUGGGCUUUUAGCAGCUCAGGUGGCAUGUGUAAUCUCAAUCUUCACAGUGAUAUACAAGAUGGAUUGGAACAGAGAGUCAAUAAAGGCUAAAGAGUUGGUGGGAGGGAGUUGUGCAUUUGCCCAUGCAGAUCUAACAGUGAAAUGUGAGGAAGGAUUUGGACCUCUCAAGGAGGUAGCUUUUGAAAAGUGAACAAACUUAUGAAAGUAAUGUACUGUCAUCCACAAAUAACAUAUCAUUAACAAGAUAA